AUGACCUCAUCUCCUCCCCCAACAUCUCCUCCCGCGUUUCCCUCGUCAAGGUGGCGUCAGCCGUGCUCCCUCCCGCAGUGCUCGCGUGCUGGUGGGGGGCACGGGGGCCGCCCCGCCUCGGGGUCCGGCGGACGGCAGCCGCCCCGCGGAGACGCGGUGUCCAUCGCGCAGCCUGCGGGCCCGGGGCGUCCCCUCGCGGUGCCCCCCUCGCCCCGCGCCUCGGCGCUCGCGUCAGGGAAGGUCGCUGCGGCCGCCGUCGCGUCCACGCUCCCUCCGGGCUCCGGCCGGGCCGCGGGGGGGGGGGUUCCCCGGGACGCCGUGCACACACCGGCUCUCGCCCGGCCCUUCGGCUCCGCCACCGUGCGCGUCGCGGCUCCGGCUUGCGAUGUCGUGGGCCGGGCCGCGCCCACACGCCCUCAGCUCCCGCCUCCGCCCUUCUGCCGUGAAACAAUUCCUGGAACUUCCCCGGGGCCCGAGCUGGACCCCCACCCGCCCCAGGGGCCCGAGCUGGACCCCCACCCGCCCCAGGGGCCCGAGCUGGACCCCCACCCGCCCCAGGGGCCCGAGCUGGACCCCCACCCGCCCCAGGGGCCCGAGCUGGACCCCCACCCGCCCCAGGGGCCCGAGCUGGACCCCCACCCGCCCCAGGGGCCCGAGCUGUCUGAUGGUGGAGGCAGUGGGAUGAAGGGCUUGGCACCGCUGGGUUCACACCGUGCCCAUCCCCCGGCGGCCAAGGCGGCGCCGGACGCCACUCGGCUCUGCCUGAGGACCUGCCUGCCGGUCACUCGUUCUGACCCGGGGCUCGCGUGGCUGCCGCCCCUCUGGGCCCCCGCGGAGGAGCCGAGCUCCGCGGAGGAGCCGAGCCCCGUGGAGGAGCCGAGUCCCGCGGAGGAGCCGGGCCCCGCGGAGGAGCUGAGCCCCGCGGAGGAGCUGAGCCCCGCGGAGGAGCUGGGCCCCGCGGAGGAGCCGGGCUCCGCGGAGGAGCUGAGCCCCGCGGAGGAGCUGGGCCCCGCGGAGGAGCCGAGCUCCACGGAGGAGCCGAGCCCCGCGGAGGAGCCGAGCCCCGCGGAGGAGCUGAGCCCCGCGGAGGAGCUGGGCCCCGCGGAGGAGCUGGGCCCCGCGGAGGAGCUGAGCCUCACGGUCUCCCCCUGCUCCCUGUGGAGGAGCUGA